AUGAGACCAAAUGACCAAUCAGUAUCAACACCUAGGUGUCUUACCUUCUACAUAUGCAUUUGCGCCAUUAAAUAUGAAGCACCACCACUGGAGCAAAGAAUGGAUGCAAUAACUCCAUCUGUCGUGUAUACUGCGAAGAUUGAAACCCCUCGAUUCAGGCGAGAUAUAAGUUCUGCGACCAGAAGCUGUCCAGAUCAAGCAUCAGAUGACCGGAACUGCUGCCGGAACCGGAGGCGGCGGCCUACUGGAGUUUGGAUUUCUCUUUAUUCCCACAAUGGGAAGUCGAAGAUUAGAGUGAAAUCAGUCCCAUAA